AUGUCUAGUGAUCACGUAACGAGCACGUCCACACAGCAAGUGGUCACUGCUCUGAUCACAAAUGGUGUUAUAUUUGGCGCUUUCGUCGGAGCAUUCGUGCUCUUAAGACUAAAAUUGAAGCGUAUCUAUGAGCCAAAAUCAUCAUUCGACCUGAUCAACGAUGAAAAGAAACCUGAACCACUGCCAUCGGGUAUAUUCAGCUGGAUACUCCCGCUAUUGAAAAAAUCUGAUAAUUUCGUGUUGCAGCAAGCUGGCCUGGACGGGUAUUUCUUCUUGAGAUACCUGUUCAUCCUGGCGGCAUUCUUCGCAGUCUCGAUAAUGUACAUCUUCCCUAUCUUAAUUCCAAUUAAUGCUAGUAAUGGUGCCCAUGAGACUGGUCUGAAUCAAUUGGCUUAUCAAAACGUUAAGCACAGGCAUAGGUACUACGCACAUGUUUUCUGUGGCUGGGUCUUCUACUGGUCAUUCCUGUUUGUGGUCUACCGUGAGUUGAUGUAUUUCAACUCUUUGAGACAGGCCGUUCUAUCGUCGCCUCGUUAUGCUUCCAAGUUAUCCUCUAGAACUGUCCUGUUCCAAACUGUACCGGGCGAAUACUUGAAUGAACAGGAGUUCAGUAAGCUGUUUGAAGGUGUCAAGAAUAUAUGGAUCGCUAGAACCCAAGGUGACUUACCAAAGAAAGUUGAAGAAAGAGAAAAAUUGGCAAUGACUCUAGAGAGCACUGAAAUUGCAUUCCUAAAGAAAUGUUUAAAGCAGUUGAAAAAAAAUAAAGACGGUCAACUUGAUAUUCAUUCUUUGGUAACAGAUAAGAAACUGCGCCCAACUCAUAGAACUACUCGUUUCAUCGGCAAAAAAGUCGAUUCCAUUGAUUAUUUGAAAGAAGAAAUUAAAAAGCUUGAUGAUGAGGUUAAAGAAUUGCAGUCAUGUCAUGAAGACGAGAAGACAUUAAACUCUAUCUUCAUUGAAUUUGAGUCCCAGUACCAAGCACAAAUCGCCUUACAAAUUAGAGCCUAUCAUGCGCCAUUGUAUAUGUCCCCGGCCUACGUUGGUAUCGAGCCAAAGAACGUUGUUUGGUUCAAUCUGAGACUAUUCUGGUGGGAACGUAUGGUCAGAGAGCUGGGUUCUGUCGGCGCUAUCAUUGCCCUUGUCAUUUUAUGGGCUAUUCCUGUUGCAUUCGUUGGUAUGAUUUCUAAUAUUACAUAUCUAACAAACAAAUUACAUUGGCUGAGAUUCAUCUAUCAUUUACCGGAUGUCCUGCUUGGUUUACUAACCUCUUUAGCACCAACAGUUGCAUUGUCACUGUUAAUGAUGUUGUUGCCAAUGUUUAUCAGAGGUAUGGCUAAGAUUCAGGGUGCUACUUCGUCUCAGCAAGUUGAAUACUUCACACAGCAAUCAUAUUUCGCCUUUCAGGUCAUUCAAGUCUUCUUAGUUACGACAAUUACAUCGGCUGCCACUUCUACUGUUACACAAAUUGUUGAAGAACCUACAAGUGCAAUGAGAUUGCUGGCUGAAAAUCUGCCAAAAGCAUCGAACUUUUUUAUUGCCUAUAUUAUUCUUCAGGGUAUGUCUAUUGCGUCUGGUUCCCUAUUACAGAUUUCUCCUUUGGCAAUGUUUUAUGCCUUGGGAUAUUUGCUAGAUAAAACUCCAAGAAAGAAAUGGACCAGAUUUACCACCUUAGGUAGUGUUGAUUGGGGUACAACUUUUCCGAUCUAUACCAAUUUAGCUGUAAUCGUCUUCUCAUAUGCUAUUAUUUCUCCAAUUAUUCUUUUAUUCGGUGCUUGUGGCUUCCUAUUAUUGUACAUUGCUUACCUCUACAACUUAACCUAUGUUUGGCAAGAAGCAUCAGAUGCUAGAGGUGUUCAUUAUCCUAGAGCAAUGUAUCAGACUAUCGUUGGUUUGUAUAUUGGUCAAAUUUGUCUGUUAGGUCUAUUUGCUGUUGGUAAGGGUUGGGGACCUAUCGUAUUGCAGGCCAUUGGUCUGGCAGUCACCACCAUCAUACAUUUAUAUUUCAACAAGACCUUUGAUAAAUUAAUGAGAGUUGUCCCUGUGGAUACAAUGAAAUCAUCAGAUGGUAUCAGUGACACCCCAUCCUAUAAAAACAUCUACCAGCAAAGCUCUUGUGCUCCAAUUGAAGAAAAUCAUGAACCUCAUAAAUUAUUUGGAUCUUCGAGGGCCCAUUUAGCGCUCAAGAGCUCUGGGUAUGCAUCUUCAUCACCACUGGCAAAGGAUGUUAGUUACAGGGAUAGCUUCCACAGUGAUAACACAUUGGAGAACGAAGAUGCACCAAUAAGGACUAGUUCGCCAAGAAAGGAUAUCAAUGUAUUGGAUACGACCGAAUUACUUGCUGAUGGUCAUGUAAAGAAAAUUCCACAAGUUUCAUCAUGGAAGAGAUUUUUCCUUCCACAUAUCUUUUUGUCCUUCAAGGCUGUUAAACACAGAAUUCCAGAAAUCUAUAACCUUGAGGAUCCCGAUGAAUUGAAAGAUGAAGAUGAUAUAAGAAAUGCAUAUAACUUCCCAGCUGUGAGUGCAGAACUACCCGUCCUGUGGCUACCUAGAGAUCCUCAUGGUAUCUCAACGUAUUUGAUUGAUGACAUAGCUAGUGUUAUACAGGCUUCAGAUGAGGGUGCUGUAAUAAAUGAAGAUGGUAAAAUCACAAUUUUAGGCAAUCCUCCAAAGGAAGGCCUUGUAGAGGAAAAGAUAUCGCAUCUAUCCAAGCAAGAGUCUCACUCAGAAAACCCAUUUGAAACCCCUGAAGAAUUGUAA